GCAGUGGAUCAAGACAGAAGACAGGACAGUCAAGACGACAGAAAAGAGAGCAGCUGAAGUAGUUUCAGGAACAAAGACAUAAACCUCUGUCAGGUAUCCAGCAUGCGUGCUCUGGGGGUUCUGCCUCUGCUCUUGUGUGCAGUGGUGUGUGUGGUCCAGGUGAGAGCAGAGGUGAAGGCGGUGAAGCUGUGCGGUCGAGAGUUCCUGCGGGCUGUCGUUUACACCUGCGGAGGCUCUCGUUGGAGGAGAUUCCUCAGUGAGUCAGACAUGGACGGUUUGCCCACAGGGGAGCAGAACAGUUUGGAGAGCCUGAGCAGCAGCAACCCGGGCUCUGAGCUGACCAGACGGGAUAUCAACAACAUACUGACCACCGUGUGCUGCCAGGUGGGCUGCAGGAAGAGCGACCUCACCUUCCUCUGCUGAGACCAACCCCCUUCUCUCUUCUUCUCCCUCCAAAAGGACUCUGCUCUCUCCCGUCUCGCCUUAGUAGAAACCAAAUCUGAAUCAAAACCCUGAUAUGAUCAAUGUAUUGUAUGUACAAUAAAGCUCUACAGUUUUCCUAA